AUGCGUCUGUGUCUGCGGCCUUUGCGAGGGGAGGCUGAGCCUGUGGGAGCCGUGGUGGAGGACGGCCCUCGUGCGGUGUUCCCAACAGCGGCUCUGCUGUUCCGCACGAGGCUGAAGUCGCCGAAGAAACCCAAGACAGCUGAAAACCAGAAGGCGUCUGAGGAGAAUGAGAUUACUCAGACGGGUGCAUGCAGCGCCAAGCCAGGCCUUCCCUGCCUGAACCUUGAAGCUGCUCCGUCUCUGAGCCCGGCCCUCGUCCACUCACCACAUUCACCAACAAACCUGCACGCACAUACAGGGUCAUCUGAUUGUAACAUCAGUUGCAAGGGGAUGACAGAGCGCAUUCAUAGCAUCAACCUCCACAACUUCAGCAAUUCUGUGCUCGAGACCCUCAACGAGCAGCGCAACCGUGGCCACUUCUGUGACGUGACGGUCCGCAUCCACGGGAGCAUGCUGCGCGCCCACCGUUGCGUGCUGGCGCAUUUUAUGGCUGGCCUGGGCCGAGAUGGGCAGCAAGAACCUUCUCAAGCAGAUCAAGCCGACGUCCCCACUGAUGGCACUCAGCCACCGCAGCAGCAGCCGCAGCAGCAGCCACACGUAGAUGCCAACUCUUCCUCACCGGAGAGAAGCAACGACAUUGAGAUGGACAGCAAAGUGCUUGCAGUCAAUAACAGCACUGAAAAGGGGGCUUUGCAGCCUUCUGUCAAUACAACUGUUGCCCAGCCAUUGCCAACCACACAGAUCUACUUACGGCAGACAGAAACCCUCACCAGCAAUCUGAGGAUGCCACUGACUCUGACCAGCAACACUCAGGUCAUUGGCACAGCUGGCAACACCUACCUGCCUGCUCUUUUCACCACACAGACUGCUGGCAGUGGCCCCAAGCCUUUUCUCUUCAGCCUGCCCCAGCCCUUAGCUGGCCAACAGACGCAGUUUGUCACGGUGUCCCAGCCUGGCCUGUCCACCUUUACUGCCCAGCUGCCAGCCCCACAGCCCCUGGCCCAGUCUGCGGGCCACAGCACAGCAGGUGGGCAGGGUGAAAAAAAGCCUUACGAGUGCACACUGUGUAACAAGACAUUCACCGCCAAGCAGAACUACGUGAAGCACAUGUUCGUACACACAGGUGAGAAGCCCCACCAAUGCAGCAUCUGUUGGCGCUCCUUCUCACUGAAGGAUUACCUAAUCAAACACAUGGUGACGCACACCGGUGUGAGGGCCUACCAGUGCAGCAUCUGCAACAAGCGCUUCACCCAGAAGAGCUCCCUCAACGUGCACAUGCGCCUCCACCGCGGGGAGAAGUCCUACGAGUGCUACAUCUGCAAGAAGAAGUUCUCCCACAAGACCCUGCUGGAGAGGCAUGUGGCCCUGCACAGCGCCACCAACGGCACGCCUGGCGCCACGGGCACUGGCACCAGGGCUGUCCCUGCUGGCGUGGUGGCCUGCACGGAGGGGACCACGUACGUCUGCUCUGUCUGUCCAGCUAAGUUUGACCAAAUCGAGCAUUUCAACGACCACAUGAGGAUGCAUGUGUCAGACGGAUAAGUAGAAUCUCUCUCUCUCUCUCUCUCUCUUUGUUAUGAACAAAAAACAGAAACAACAACAACAAAAAAGCUAUCGCACUAGAAUUUAAGAAAUGAUUUUUGUUUCAUUUUGACCUUUAUUUUCCUCUUUUUUUGGGUUCGUUUCGUUUUGUUGUUUUUGUACUACAUGAAGAACUGUUUUUUGCCUGCUGGUACAUUACAUUUCCGGAGGCUGGGUGAAUAAUAAUUUUCCUAGCCUCCCUCGGAUGGUGGCCUUAAGGCCAGGUAGUGCUUCAUGAGCUCCACUGGUUGGAUCUCUAGCUACUGGCCUCUAAAUACAACCCUUCUUUACUACAAAAAAAAAAAAAAAACACAAAAAAACACAAAAAAACCACAAAAAAACAGAC